ACGGGCAUUUAUUAUGUGUGUCCUUCUCAUUGGCCUGUCAGACUCUAAAUAAUAUAUUAUCGUAGUCUUUUUUACGAUAGGCUGCCGCCCAUAUGUUCACGCGAGAGAAGAAAGGAAGGAAAAAAAACGAAAGGAGAAAAAAAGGAAAAGAAAAACAUAAAUUGGGGCAUACACGUAUGAUGGCGCGUAUAUCUACUCCAUCACGUCAAAGUUUGGCUCUUUCGUGAAAACGUGUUUUCCUCCGCGAGGGAUUUUCCGAAAGUUUCAAAUAGCCUGGACCUAGGCGGGCGGGGGUGGAAAGAUAAACACAACCGGCAAAUAGGACAUAGAAUAAUGACAAACCGAGAUAACUAUUUAUGUCGCAUUUGUCUCUCGUCGAGCAGCGACAAUCAACGUAUCUUUUCGACGAACGAAAAGUAUACGAGAGACAAGCACGACUUGUCAGGAAAGUUAUGGUUGUGCGGAGGCAUCGAGGAUGCUUUCAGGUUUUGGAGAACGACGGUUUACCGGAGCGUAUCUGUGUAAAGUGUAUUUUGAAGGUCAACGCGGCUCACGAACUCAGGGAACAAUGUCAAAGAACGGAUAUAAAGUUGAGAGAAUUGUAUGGGAAAGCGAGGAAGACGGUUGACGCUUCGAGAUAUAACUCUGUAAAAGAUCAAUAUUGUCAAACCGAUGAAUAUUUUGCGAUUCCAACGAAAGAAGUGAACGAUGAUCGUUCUCCUUUGUGCGAGAACGUUGUUGUUGAUAGUAAUUAUGACGAGGGUUCUUCUCUUCUGGAUCUGAAAGGUACUAAUACCGUUAGAGUAUCGAACGACAAUGUUAAGACCGAGAAUGAGAUAUUGCCAGAUACGGAUAAUAAAUUUGACCGUUCGAUACAGGAGUUGUCGGUUGUCAAAAGAGAAGCAUAUCGUACGAGAAGAUUGGCAGUGUUCAAAAGAGUUACCUCGAUGGAAAAUUUAAGAAAUCACAAAGAGAGACAAAGGCAGUAUAUAAAAAAGAACGGUAAUACAAAGUCUCACGAUGUUGGUGAGAAAGAUGGGCCUUUAAAUAACGAAAGCUCAUCCAAUAAGGCAGUCAGGGUUAUCGAUUCCGAAUUAAAUCUCGAUUGUCCUCAAUGUAACAGACGUUAUUCCAGUAAGAAAUCUUUAGAGAGGCAUAUAUUGACCCAUAAUGAAAAGAAAUUCAAAUGCGAAAAGUGCGAGAAACAAUUCUUUCAUGUCGACAAGUUGCUACAGCACGGUAAACUUCACAGGUCGAACGAUAAGUCAAAUUUGGUACCGUGCAAAAUAUGUAACAAAAGUUUUAGAAAAACUGACACUAUGGUACGGCAUUUGAACGUUCACAAAAGGGUCAAUCCUAAGGAAGUAUUUUCUAUAUUGAAAGAAAUCAGGGAUAGAAGGAAAUUAGAAAACAACGUGGAAUCUUUAAUGAUUAACGAUCGACCAUCAUCCGUACAAGAGAAGAAAAAUAUUAUUCAGGAUCAAAGGGCACUCGGCGUCGAUGGCGAGGACGACGGGAUGAAAAAUUCAACUAGACGAGUGUCGGAUGCGGAGGAAAAAAUUGAUAAUUUUUAUACGUCCGGUUCUGAUUCCAAUAGCGAUAACAAAUCUGAUUCCUUCGAAAGCGUAGGAAUUUAUCGUUGCAAACAUUGCGACAAAUGUUAUAACGCGGAAAGGUCUCUUCAGCGUCAUCUCUUGGUGCACGACGAAAAGAGAUUUGUUUGCAAUGUUUGUAACAUGAAAUUCUUUCGGCAGGACAGACUUAAGAGCCAUAGAGAUAGAUAUGGUCACGACGAGGAUAAAGAUUGUUCUAUACCUCAAAAGCCACCGGACGACAGGUCGGCCAUUAAAUUAAUAAAUAGUUGGAUCAGAGAAGAAUUAGAUUCUGAUAACGAAGGGAAGGGCUUCCCUUGUGAUAUAUGCGGUAAGUCGUACGACACGAAGAAAUCGUUGUUGAAACAUCAGACGAAUACUCACGACGUGCACGAGGAAAAUUGUUCGAGUUGCGGUAAGGAAUGUACCUGUGGUAUAAAGUUUAAAGGAACACGAAAGAAUAAUGAGAAAGUGAAUAUUUUCACGUGCAUCGAAUGUAAUAAAAGUUUUGAAAAAGAAAUCAAGUUGCAAAGGCAUAUGCGAAUACACGAACGUACGAAAGAACAACAGGAUUCGAAUUUCAAACGAUUUUUAUGUCACAUUUGUAGCAAAACUUUUAGACAAAAUACAGGGCUUAUGUUUCACAUGAGAACUCAUACCGGAUAUAAACCUCAUGUUUGUAAAUAUUGCGGACGAGGAUUUACGUCAAAUUCCAAUUGUAUCAAUCACGAGAGAACGCACACCGGCGAUAGGCCAUUCGUCUGUCACUUUUGUAGCGCUGCUUUUGCCAAAUCUUGCACCCUUAAGGCGCACAUCACUACGCACACAGGCGAAGCUAAUUAUCAUUGCAAAACUUGCGGCAAAUCUUUCAGAAGAUUGAAAUAUUUGAAGGAACAUAGAUUCACCCAUACCGGGGAGAAACCGUACGCGUGCAAAAUAUGUGGCACCGCUUAUAGCCAUUCCGGUAGCUUAUUCGUCCACGAAAAGAAAUGUAAAGCUCAGUACAACAAUUAUCAUCAGGCUGCUCCUCCGCCUAUUCAAAAUAGUCACAAUUAUGGCCAAUCUCAAGGGAAUGUAUGCGCUAGCACGCCGGUCAUCGCUCCUAUUAUUUCAACGCUGCCGCAAUCCAAUUUGAAUAACAUCGGUAAUAGUUUAGGUUCUCAAGCGAAUAAAACUUACAUGGAUAGCGUUCAAAGGAUGAACGCGCAUGCUGCCGCCGCCGCCGCCGCAGCUGCGGCCGUAGUCGGUACGUCUUCGUUGCAUGUACAUCCUAAUCCGGAUAUUCCAGAUGUAGCGUCGGCCGUAAGGAACAUUGCCAUAAUCGGACAAGUAUUUUAUUCUUAAUAAAUUCGCGAAUUCGGAAAUUCGCACUUUUUGCUCAAAGUGGGCGCGAGAGGGAGAAGAAGAAAGGAAAUUAAACCUAACCAGAACCCUUCUGUGAUAUGUGACAAUUUUUUAACAAGUCCCCUUCCGUUAAAGAUACGUUAAGACACGUCGUAUAUGAUAGACAAGCAUUAAAACGUUUUCUUCUUACGUAUAAUAAUCCCUAAGCGGAUUAUUCUAAAUACAUUGUUGUCGGAUUAAUAAUAGGGAAUACACGAUCUAGAAUUAUAUUUUUCAUUUAUAUAAAAGUUGAACGAAUCGUCCAGUGUAAUUUUACGUUGUAAGUUUACGAAUUGCGCAUUUUUACGUAUUAUUUGGCACAUGGUAUGCCAAUUGGUAAAAAGCAAAAAUAUUUCCUCCAGGGGAAGAAAGAUCAUGCCAUCUAUUAUUAGAUAACGAAUUCCAUUUUAUUGGAUUUAUCUGCAUAUAUUGAUUUUCAAGUUUGCCUAUUAUAAAUAAAUUGUCGUUAAGCCGUCUAGCAGAUUAUAUUUCUUAUAUCGAAUUGCUUCGUUGUAAAUGGAGAUUUGCCGAUUGUAAAUUAAUUUCAUAAUUUGAAUCAAAUUAAUUCUUUCUCUAUCUUUUAUUCUAGCAAAAACUUCAUAGUAGAAGCCUUUGCGAUGCAAACGUAAUGCGUCUGCGUAUUUUAUUAAUAAAGUUAAUUCUAUCCAUAAAAGUGACAAAGUAAUGAUCUAUAUCGAUCAUAUCGAUCUAUAUCGAAGAUACGCUCCCAUCGUACGUAUGCAAAAGGAAAUUUACCAUUUUGUGUACGCACCAUAAUUAUCGUCGUCUGUGUGAUAAAGAGGAGAUAUACAUAUAUAUAUAUAUUCGUUGUAGCGAGCACGAAUAUAAGGAAACGUAAGGAUUUUUAAGGGAAAAAUUGCUUCUCAAUUCGUCGUUUUAUUUUAAUUUGUGCAGGAGCAAAAGGUACCAAAAGACAUUCGAGUGUGUGGGUUGGGGACGGGGAGAGAUUGCUACGCGUACAUACAAAUUCGUACAAUUACGGCUCCUUAAUAUGAAAUUAUAUAUGUAUACAAUAAAAAGCAAUUGAAUAUUUCGGUUAAA